AUCUCUGUGGUCAACAAAACACCAAAUAUACGCACUUUAAACGGCUUAUAGACACUGCCAUAAACUCGAAUACUUACGCGUUCCUCUUUUCCAAUUCUCUAUAUAAACACUUCAAGAUUUUAGAAACUUCACACUAAUUUCAAUUAUCAUAUUCAUAUUUCAUAUCACUGUCCUUAUCACUUAACCACGUUAUUCAACUCGACUCUGUUUCUUCUUCGGAUUCCACUAUUUUAUAGCCAAAUCAAACGGAAAUUCUGGUUUCUAUUGAUCAUUUAAUUCAUUGAAUCAAGAUGGCCAUUAAGACAAUUGAAUUAUUGAAAGGAUCUGCAUCUCAAGAAGAAUUAAUGGAAGUGAUUACUGCGGUGGCUUCGGAUUUAGGAGAUGUCAUCGAUGAUGUGAACACUUUGCAAGUGAUUCCAUUGAAAGGUGCAAUGACCAAUGAAGUGUUUCAGAUAAAUUGGCCAACAAAAAAUGAUGGUGAUUUGAGGAAGGUUCUGGUUCGUUUAUAUGGUGAAGGUGUUGAAAUUUUCUUCAAUAGGGAUGAAGAAAUUCGAACCUUCGAGUGUAUCUCAAAGCAUGGUCAAGGUCCACGCCUUCUUGCUCGUUUCACUACUGGUAGAGUUGAGGAGUUUAUUCAUGCCAGAACUCUCUCGGCUAUUGAUCUCCGUGACUCUGAAAUAUCAUCUUUGGUGGCAUCUAAGAUGAGAGAAUUCCAUAAGCUUCAUAUGCCUGGUACAAAGAAGGCUCACAUUUGGCAGAGAAUGAGGAACUGGGUUGGUGAAGCCAAAAGUUUGUGCUCCCCAAAGGAAACAAAAAAAUUCGGGCUGGACAAUCUAGAUGAUGAAAUAAAUAUUCUGGAGAAGGAGUUGUGUGAAGGAUAUCAAGAGAUUGGUUUUUGCCACAAUGACCUACAAUAUGGCAACAUUAUGAUGGAUGAAGAGACUAGAUCAAUCACCCUAAUUGACUACGAAUACGCGAGUUACAAUCCUAUCGCGUAUGACCUGGCUAAUCAUUUCUGUGAAAUGGCAGCAGAUUACCAUAGUGAUACACCUCAUUUUCUUGACUACAGUAAAUAUCCUGAACUCGAGGAGCGUCAAAGGUUCAUUCGUGUCUAUCUCAGUUCUGAAGGCAAGAAACCAAGCAAUGCUAAGGUGAAUCAGUUAAUGACGGCUGUAGAAAAAUAUACUCUCGCAAACCAUCUAUUCUGGGGCUUAUGGGGACUUAUUUCGAGUUAUGUGAAUAAAAUUGACUUUGAUUACAAAGAAUAUGCAAGGCAGAGGUUUCAGCAAUAUUGGUUAAGGAAGCCUACUUUAUUGGACUCAUCAACCAUUGUUGCCCAAACCGAAACUGUGAACGGUUCGCUGCCACUAGCAUCAUGUGUGUGAUUGUUAUGCUAGCUUCUCAUGUCUUAGUGAAGUUAGUUUUGGUUUUUAUGUAUCUAUUAUUAUAAUAACAGCUAAAGGCGCAAUAUAGCAACUGCAUAUGUAAAUAACAUAUUGUCACUAACAAUGUGCAAUGAGCUUUUGACAAUUUUAACUUCAAUUUGCUCAUCAACCUUCCACUUUUGGGAUUGUUGAUAAUGAGAAUGUGUGUGUUUGUUUUCUUUGUGAUGAAGUCUUGGAUUCAAGUCUUAUGAAUGAUAAAUUAGGUGUUGAAUUUACCUUUUAUA